AUGGCCAUCGAAAUACAUAAAUACCCUGCUAAUUCCAGCGAGAGUGUCCUCUCCACUACUGCUUCAGUAUCCAAACUUCCAAACAACUUAGGACACUUACUUUCACGCUUUCCAAGCAAAACCACCAUCGCAAUGUCUCCCGUUCAGAUCCGCAACCCUGCUAUUGUCAAGGGUAAGUACCUCCCCUUCCAUGGACCUCUUCGCGCUCCGACCUUCCUCUCCGUCCUAACAAACUCUCCUAGCCUCCCCCGGCGGUGGCUGCGUUAUCAUGUAAAUUUCUACAUGAACGCCCCGUCUCCUCAAGAACAACCAAUCCCAGGCCUGCCUCUCUUCGACGGCCUGGGCCAAAAGACGCAGUUCCUUUCCACAUCUAGCUCCUGA